GAAGGGCACGAUAAUAGUUGUGAAUGACUUCAGAAAGCAUCAGUUCCCAUUUUCCUCCCGGGACCACAGAACUUUAUUAUUUAGAUUUUUGUGAACUCCACAUCUGUAAAACCAUGGCCUACUGUGUUCGGAGGCAAAGCCAGAGAAAUACAGCAACAAGGAACAGAGAUUUUGCUCGACAUGAAGAAAUUCGAAUGGUGCUGCUCGGAAAGACAGGAAAUGGGAAGAGUGCAUCGGGAAACACCAUCCUAAAUCGAAAGGCUUUUGUGUCCGACCUCUCUCCAUGCUGUGUGACGUCAGAGUGUGAGAAGGCCAGAGGAGUGGUGGAUGGACGCAGGGUGGCGGUCAUUGACACACCAGGGAUUUAUGAGACAAAGUACAAAGAGGACGAAGUGAUCAGAAAGCUGAAAGAGUGCAUCUCUCUCGCCGCCCCGGGUCCCCACGUGUUCCUGAUUGUGAUCACUUUGGGCAGAUUCACAGAGGACGAACAGAAAACUGUUGAACUGCUGCAGAUGGUGUUCGGUGAAAAAGCUGCAGAUUACUCCAUGGUUCUCUUCACUCAUGGUGACCAACUGGGACACAGAAGAAUUGAAGAAUUUUUUAGUAAGAGUGAUCAACUUAACCAUUUGAUUGCAAAGUGUAACAGGCGUUAUCAUGUCUUCAAUAACACAGUUCCUCAUGACAGUCAGGUACGUCAGCUGCUUGCAAAGAUAAAAAGAAUGGUCUUUGAAAAUGGAGGAGCAUUUUACACAAUUGACAUGUUCCAGGAGGCUGAGAGAGCGAUCCAAGAGCGAGCAGAGCAGAUCAUGAAGGCUAAUACUCAGCAAAAAUGCAGAGAAGAAGAAAAACUGAGGGCCAAAUUUAAAGGAGAACAGCUGCAGGCAAAGCUGAAGGAUCUCCAUGAUAGCUAUGAAAGAAAAUCAAGAGAAAAGGCAGAGAAGAAAAACAAAUUUGUUGAAGCUGGCCUGAUCAUAACAAGCGCUGAAGUGGGUGUUGCAAUCGGGGCUGCUGCUGGAGCUGUAGGAGGUCCAGUUUGCAUAGGUUUGGGAGCUCUGGUGGGUGGAGUUGCGGGGGCUAUAGUAGGACUGUUGACACCAGCAGCUGCAAAAGCUUUGAAAAAGAAAUGCUCUGUACAAUAAAACAUGUAACGACUGCGUUUACAUAAUCAGUGUCCUAAACAGCACUGAGUAAAUAAGCGGCACAGCUGCUUGUACUGUAUCUUAAGAAACAUGUAACUCAUCUUUUACAGUGAAGUGACCAACUUGAAUGGAUGAAGCAUAAUUAAGCUUAAAAUUGUCUUUUUAUUUAAUUUUUAGUAUUCUGCAAAAAUGCGUCUUCAUAUCUUUUGUGUGUAACACUAUUCAGUGAUAAUCAGUGAUAAUACUUUCCACAUAGGAUGUCAUUGCAUAUGAGAGACGCGGCAACGUUGGCUGAGUGAGCUGUUGCUAAUGUAUGUAUGUCCUAUGUAACAGAUUUUUGUUGAUCAUUUUCGCUAUGUGUGUGUUCCCUCACCCGCAAACCACAUUUGUGCGCAGUGAAAGCAGAAAAGGAGCAGCUUUUGGAAGUUAGUCAUCCAUUCAGACGUGUGUGUGUGUAUGUAUAUGUGUAUGUAUAUCUGUGUGUGAAGCCUUUGGGGGGAAAGUAACAGCCAUAUUUAUUUUUGGGGCUGUAGUGACAUUAAAGUGUUCGUUGAACUGUUUUUCUAUGCCACACACCUGUUUAGACAGACUGGAAGUGGAUGCGUAAAGAAUUGUACACAAUAAGCAGAAACGCUGCAGGCAAAUUCAUCUUGGAUGGAUAUAUAAAACACACCAACUUGCAAGCUGUGGGUAACGUGUUAGAUAGAUAUAAAAUAUAAAAAAUAUAUAAAAAGUAUGUAUUUUCCUCUUUGUUUCGCCUUUGUUUAAAAUGACUUUGCC